UGAUCUUUAAUACUACAUUCCAUCGCUGAAAAAACUUCACAAAACAACUUGUAGAAGCUUCCUCGAGACCUCAACAUAUACUUUGUCUUCGUCCGAAUCUGUCUUCCCCUGUUUUUUACACUCUGUUUUUUUUUUUUAUUCUUUCUUUUUUUUUUCUUCUCUCCGACACGUUUCAAGUUUAAAGGAUAGACUCAGAACAAUCCUAUGACUCACAUUUUUUUCUUUUACUUUUCGUCGCUAUGUCUAAAUAUUUUGUUUGGUAUCAAUGUUAAGUGCUAUGUCUAAAUAUAGAUAUAACAAAACAUACUGUUUCACUUGAAUUAACUGUUUCUUCAUCGUUACGAUUCUAACACACCACUUUGGUUGCUCUGUUUUUAGCUAAAACAAAACCAACUUUUUUGUUCUUUUCCCUUUCAAAAGAGAAAGGUUUUGAUUUCUAUUCUUCAUUACCUUGGAUCGAUCUUUUUCUAAGAUCCAAAAUCAGAGAUGGGUCUUUGUGUUUGCAAUCGUUGACAAAUAGGUCAAUUGGCUUUUAAUGGCCUCGUUACGAACUAGCUUCGGAUGUGUCCUUAGAGAUCGCAACCAACGGCAGGACGACGUCGUUUUCAAGAAGAAUCUGAAAGCUCUAGUCAAAGCUGCUCCUCCGGAGAUCUCCGACGAGGGUUCCCAGAACAGAGUCGAUUCUUUGAUCGGGAACAAGCGGAAAAAGAACAAUAACUGUCGUCUUGGAUCGCCGGAGAAACCACGUACGAGGAAAGGGAACAACUCUUCGGACAGUCCUGGAGGAGCUUCUUCUCUUGUGCAGAUAUGGGAGGCGAGGCUGAACCGAUCAAACGGUCGAUCAACAGAGAGCAACAGCUCAGAAGCGAGCGUUCAAGAAAUCCACAUUCCGGAUCCACCCAUCGACGGCGAGUCUGAGUCGGAGAACGAGUCGAAGAGUCCUGAUCGGACGAAGGAGAUUGAAUCCAGGACUGUCGGUUCGGUUCCUGAUUCCGGUGAGAGCAAAUGGGGCCGAGUCGGUGAAAUGAUCCGGAGGUUGAGUAACGAACAGAAGCUAACUCCUCGAGAUAAUGUCGGUGCCGUCGACUCGCCGAAGACGACGGAGCAAAGGAGUUGUCCGGUGGUUACUUGUUCGCCACGAAUCCGAGGACGACAAGCGUUGUCAGACUUGCUUGUGCAUAUGGUACGAGAACGCCACCGCGAAUUGGAAUCGCUUCAUGGACGCAACGCGGUUUCUAGGUUUCCUCAACGUGGUCGCCUCCAGUCAAUGCUGCGACUAAGGAGUCUCAAACGUGGUCUAGCGAUUCAAGAUCGUCAUCGUGGUAGCACGAAAGGCGAUAUAAAUCGAGUCCAACCUUGUUCUAAAAUUCUUCAUCUAAGAGAAAAAUUCCGGGAUAAUGCAGCAAACGCCUCCUCUGAAGCCGAACGAAUGAAGAGUCAACAACAAUCCAUCGUAGAAACAGAGAGCAUGCGGUCAAGAGAAAUCAGUAUUAUCCCAGAUACUCCUUCCAUAAAGUAUUCAAGCCCUAAAAACCGUAACAUAGAGGAAGCAAUCUUACGCAAGAACGAAACUGAAUCAAAGAUGAGUUACCUUCAGCUGAAAGAAGCCAUCGUAGCAGAAGUUUUGAAAAGAAAAUCUGAUAACAUUAGCCCUAUGAUCACAAGUGUAACUCAUCAAGAACCGCGGAUACUAGGCAACGAGGUAAAGGACAAGGUUGAAAGCGGUAAGCAUGGAACUCAAAAAGAGACUCCGUUCCUUGAGAGACAAGAAACCUCGUUCCAAAACAGAUGGGAAGAGCAAGAAGUGUAUGAGGAUGAGCAGUCUUAUUACGGAGACAUGAGCAAUGACUGGUUUACAGAAAUAUCUCGGCCUCGGACUUAUUGGGAAGAUCUGAGGAAAUCUCGGUAUCUGGAAGUGAUGAACACUAGAUCUGACAAAGACGAUAUAUGUAGACUUCUCGAGAGAGGAACAGUUUCGGGUUUCCUCCAGAGCGGACUACGAGAGAAGAUCGAUAAGCUCAUAAUGUCCCGUGUACAGACACAACCAGCUCAGCGGAUUGAAGAAGCUGGUAAAGAAGAAGAGAAAGGUGAAGACAGAGAUGACUUGAGCCAAUCAUCAUCGCAGAUAUUUGCACCGUCUCCGGCAGGAUCAUGGAGUUCUCAGGACAUAGGAGUUAGUACUCCAACACCUAUGCACACCUAUGCACCAUCUUCAGCACCUUCAACACCUAUGCACAAUCUUCAUUCCAAUGAGAUGGAGAUUAUAAGUGAAUUGAGAUCAAGCAUUUUACAGCUCCAACAAGAAAUGUCUGAGCUAAGAGACUCUGGCAAAACGUGUUUGGACGUAAACGCCGGACUUCAAAAGUCAGUUCACCUUGAAAAUCCCUUGAAACGCAAAUGCUGCGUUUGUAACGAAACCCAAAUUGAAACACUUCUAUACAGAUGCGGGCACAUGUGUACAUGCAUGAGAUGCGCAAACGAACUAAAAUAUAAUGGCGGGAAAUGCCCGAUUUGCUGUGCCAAGAUUCUAGACGUCGUUCGCGUUUUCGUCGAUUCAAGAACCUGAAAAUUUUAUAAAACCAAACGGUUCAACAAGAUAACGAUACUUUACUUUACCUAUGAUACGUUUUUCUUCUACUAAUCCAUCUGUUUGCUGUCACGUUUGACCGGAGCGUGUUUGCGUUUUGGAUCUGCGUCCGAGAUUCAUAUAUAUGUUUUUCUAUGUAUGUGAAUUACUAACCGAACUCUCAUUUUUUUUUUUUUUUGUUGGCGUUGAAGUUUUCUUCUUGUAAAGAUAAUCUUAUCUACAUAUGCCUCCUUUCACUUUCCUACCAUCAAGUUGGCACAGGAUUUGUAGAAUGUACGAGGUUUUAGUACUUGCCGUUUAUUUUCUAUUUUGUGUAAUGUACCAAUCUUAAAAUAAUGAAGGAAAAAAUUUGGUACC